UGGCCAUCGGGUGACGCCGGUGUCAGGAAGCGGUGACAGGCACAACAAGCAAACGUUUCUAUUGACUUACGCACGCUGUUGUGAACAUUGUCACACAUCACAGCACCGAAAGCACCGCACAUCGCACACCGCAACUCACCACUCUCAUCCUUUUUGCCAUCGCGGCCGACCCGCUGUCGUUUAAGCGUUUAGAUACGUGUGGUCGACGAGUAGCAUCACACAACACACAGCACACCCAACACCACCCACGCCACACCACUCCCCUCCAUUGCAUCAAUCCGGCCAACCAAGUCACAAUAACAACACACACACACACACAUACACAUACACACACAUACACACACAUACAACACUCACCACAUACGCACAUACAUACCCGUUCUUCUCCAGCACCUGCAACACAUUUACUCGUGAAUUGAGCCAUCCACACAGUCCGUUCACAGACACGGCAACGCACAACACAGACACACACACAGACACAGACGUGUCCACAACAGCACCAGCGCCAUGGCGUCAACGGAGGGCAUUCAGCUGCAAACCAAGGCGGCAGAUUCAACGGCGUCCCAGAAGCAGCGAGUGCUUGUGCUGCAGAGCGAGUUCGACGAUGGCUUCGAUGAGAUUCGGACUUCACCAUCACCGCCCAGGCGUGACAGCAAGGCGCCCCUCAAGAGGAUGAGCACCGUGUCUAGAACAAGAGACCCAUGGGUUGCUCGGCGACGCGUACUGUUGUUUUUGUGUUGUGGCCUCCUGGUGGUGGGCGUGCUGCUUGCCAUCCCGCUCGUGUACCUGACGCGGCCGACCGACACGGCAACGCGGCCAGCAGACCCAACACCAAUUCCCGGUUCCGAGGCUUCGUCCCAGGAUGAGCAGACAGGCGAUGGCACGGCGGCAGCGGCGGACGAUUGCCCUCAGCUCACAUGCGAACAGUUUAUCCACAAGUGUCUCGGUCAGGCUGCUGGUGGACUGUCGUCGACGGACUUUGGCGCGUGCAUCGCUGAAGGAGGGUUCCAUGCCAACCCCGACCUCGUACUUCUUGGCGCGUGCCUGGAGCAGUGUGAUUCGCCUGCGUGUCACCACGAAAUGACCACAAGCAUGGAUGCCACCACCCUGCGGUCUCUUCGCUGUUGGGAGUCGUGUGCGCAAAUCACGGGCGACUCCACCUGCAGUCGUGCUUCAACCACAGCCUCCACAACCACAACCACAACCACGUCCUCAUCGUCGACGUCCAGCAGCUCAUCCGUGUCGAGCACUUCCACGUCCACGUCGGGCACGCUCUGAGGACGAAGAAGGAUGGGGACGAUCAGAAGGGAACACUGGAAUACAGCUUGCACUGCAUGGCGUUGCUGCCUUGUGGCACAAGGACAUACAAGGCCGCGCUUUGUUGUCUUCUUGCUUCCCUUCGACUUGCCUGAGUGCCUGCUUUCUUUCCAUCCAGCUUUCUUUCCAUCCAGUUCCCUCCAGCGUGCUUUCUCCUCCUCCUCCUCCCUCCUCCUCCUCUCGUUCUCGUUGUUGCGCAUGCCUUUCCUUCCCUCCUUUCUCCUUUUCCACACCACACACAGGAUUUUGCUUGUCACCAGCUGUACUUGACCCCUUCCCCCUACUUGCUUUUCCUGCAUGUGCUAUUC